CUUCUACAAACAAACUACUACUCUAAUAAUCCAUCACAACUCCACACUCCACACUCCACACUCCACUCCGAGUAUACACCAUGUCCCCCGACAAGCACAACGACGUCCCCGCUCCCGCCUACCGCGAGACCGAAAUGCCCCAGGCAAUGUCUUCAACCCCCAUAAUCAUCGAGCCGGACCACGCAUACGUCCAGCCCCAGCAGGACCAAACACACAUCCAACCGGACCACGCCUACGCCCAACCGGCCCAACCAGACCACGCAUACCCCCAGCCAACACAAACCCCCAUCCAUACACAAACCCCCAUCCACACACAACAACUACCACCCCAACAACCCGUCAACUCCCAAUACCCAACAGCCACACCCCUCCACGCGCUCCAAAAAUCGCCCGCGCCGGUUGACUGCCCGGCAUGCGGCCAGCGCGAGAUGACACAGGUUAUCAUGGAGUCGGGAAAUACGACACAUGCUUGGGCGGCGAUUGUGUGCAUCUGUUGUUGUCUGGGGUGUCUGCCGUACUUGGCGUCGUCGCUUAAGGACGCGAACCAUCAUUGUGCCAAGUGUGGGGUGUUGUUGGCGACGUGGCAUAACAGUGGGAAUGUUGAGGUUGUGCAUGGUAGGCAGCGCCAGGCGCAGGCGAAGAAGGAGAAGAAGGAAAAGAAGUGAUCGAGCUGCUUCUGAGUUUUCGUGGAUUAGUUUUGUUUAUUUUGUUUCGAUUGGUGAUACCAUAUUGUAUUGUUUUUGGAGUUGGAUAUCGGUUUUGGAUAUCAUAAUAAUACAUUGCAUUCGUGAG